AUGCUCUCGUUGCGGCCACACCGCACCACCUUCUCGCGCCCCUUGAGUUGGCCGAGACGGGGACGCCUUGGCGGAGCCGCCGCGCCGCACUAUGUUAGCGCCGCGGCACCGGCGGCUGCUCUGGAGUCAGCUGCGCCUCCGGAGAGCGUCUCCUUCCCGAUUCUGGUGAAUGGCUGCACUGGUAAAAUGGGGUUAUCUGUCGCUGAGGCUGCUGCUCUGAGGGGCCUUCACUUAGUCCCUGUUUCAUUCAGUAGUAGAGAGAAGGUUGAAAAAGCAAUACAAGUUGGACAAACAGACAUUCGGAUAUAUGGUCCUUCUACAAGAGAAGAUGUUCUUUCAUCUAUCGCUGAUGAAUUCCCAGAUGUCAUUGUUGUGGACUACACAGCACCUGAUUCUGUGAACUCUAAUGCUGAGCUCUAUUGCAAGCUUGGCUUGCCAUUUGUGAUGGGCACAACUGGUGGGAACAAGCAUUUGCUCUACAAGUCAGUGCAAGAUUCAAAAAGUUAUGCUCUAAUAUCUCCACAGAUGGGCAAACAGGUGGUUGCAUUUGUUGCUGCAAUGAAAAUCAUGGCUGAGCAGUUUCCAGGGGCUUUUUCAGGCUAUCAUUUAGAAGUUUUAGAAUCCCAUCAAGCUGGCAAGCUGGACACAUCUGGUACAGCUAAAGACGUGAUUGCUUGUUUUGAGAAACUAGGUGUGUCAUAUGACAUGAACAGGAUGGUUAAGAUUAGAGAUCCUGAACAGCAGCUUGAGAUGGUUGGUGUCCCUGAAGAACACAUUCAAGGGCAUGCAUUCCAUUUGUAUCAUCUCACUUCUCCUGAUGACAGUGUUUCAUUUGAGUUCCAGCACAAUGUUUGUGGCCGUUCAAUCUACGCUGAAGGAACUAUUGAUGCGGCAAUAUUUCUGCAUAGGAAGGUACAAUCAAAGGAUUCUAAGAGAAUAUAUAAUAUGGAUGAUGUCUUGCGAGAAGGAUUCAUGCGAUAA